AUGAAAAAAACACUAACGGAUGAUGAUAAAACUUCUCAGGUAAAAGUGUUUAGUCAUUUUUCACGACCUGAAAUACGAUUAAAAGAAUCUGAAAGGGGUAGAUCUGUUUGUUUAUUCGAUUUAAGCGGUAUAAUGGCACUUUAUACAACAGAGGAUGCAAAAUAUUUAAAACGUCGUAUUCGUGGUGGUCAAAUUGACGUGCAUCCAACAGAAAAAGCCCUUAUAGUUAAUUAUUCGAUUGAAGCAACAGUACUGGAUGAAUUUCAACAGACUAUGUUGGGAGAUAAGAAAGAUGCGCAGAAAAUUAUUCGUUUGAAAAGUUUGAAUCCAAAUACAGAUAUUCGUGCAUUAGCCAAAGAAGUUAUUAGUCAAUGUAAAUUGAUACAUCCCACAAAACGAUUAGAAGUUGAACAACUAUUAUCUUAUUUACAAAAUAGACGAGAUACAGCUCCUUCAAUGACAACAUCAGGAACAGGAACUCAAAAACCAAUUUCAGAUGAAUUAGAACAACCGUCGAUCGAUUUUCAACUAACAGAAACAGCAAAUAUAACUGAUAUCGAUGAUUAUGCAGAAUUACUCUACGACAAUGUACCAGAUAAAAUAAAAGGAUCGGCACUUAUUUUACAACUAGCAAGAAAUCCCGAUAAUUUGUCAGAAAUAUAUCAAAAAGAAAGUGUUUUGAACGCUCUAGCUCGUGUUUAUAAAGACGAAUGGAAAGCUAGUAUUGAGUUGGCAACAAAUAUUGUUUAUAUAUUUUUUUGUUUUUCAUCAUUUACUGAUUUUCAUGGACUUGUGGCACAAUAUAGAAUUGGAGCACAAACAAUGACUAUAAUUGAUGCUGAAAUGAAAAAAUAUGAUCAAUGGAUGGAUGAAAUUGCCGAAGAGAGAAAGAAAAAAUCACAAACAAAUAAUAUCCUUUUUUGGAUUUCUAGUCGUACAACAAUACCUAGUAUACCAGAUAAAUAUAAAACGUUAAUUCGUAAACAAGAGCAAUUCCUUCGAGUGGCAUUUUAUCUACUAUUGAAUUUAGCUGAAGAUUUAAAAGUUGAAUUAAAAAUGCGAAAUAAAAUUAUUUGUAGUCAACUUAUACAUGCUCUCGAUCGUGAUAAUAAUGAUUUACUUAUAUUGGUCGUCUCAUUUUUGAAAAAAUUAUCUGUAUUUGUAGAAAAUAAAAACGACAUGAAAUGA